AUGGAUCUAGACUGUUCUCAGUGGUACCAGAUGACAGAACAAGGAAGACAAACAAGACAGUCUGCUGGAAUUAUGGGCAGGGCUCAGAAAACCAGUCCUGGACAGCACAAGCACUGUGAGAAAUGUUUCAACCGGCAAUGCCAAGUCCCAAUCGAGCUCACCAUCUCCUGCUUAGUGAUCAACUGCCAUUCACGCUGUGGGGCUGCCUUUCAUAUGUGUAAACAGGAAGAACACCAACUCCUAUGUCCCCUAGAGCAGGUCUCAUGCCUCAACGCAGUUUAUGGCUGCCCUUUCUCCAUGGCCCGUUUUAAGCUGGCAAAGCACCUUCAGGUCUGUCCAGCCAGUGUUGUCCACUGCUCUAUGGAAUGGAAUCGCUGGCCAAAUGUAGACUCAGAAACCAUUCUACAUAAGAACAUUAUGAAGGAGCCACAUAAUGAGCAGUGUCUGGAUACAGCUCUAGCCCUCAGAGAUCAGAAGAUUCUUUUUAGGACUCUGAAAAUGAUCGAGCUGUUUCCAGAAUGGAGAGAAGAUGAUAAAAUGGAAGAACCAAUAGCUGGAGCUGCAGGUUUGGAAGAAGGAGCCGUUGGAGGAAUAGCAUGUGAUUCUAAAGAAGCUGAUGGCCAAGUUGCUGAGCUUACCCAACAGGAGCAUGAGGAUUUGGCAAAGGAUAAGAAGGGGAUAGCUCUAGUAAGUUACAAAGCCUGGGAGAAUAUGUUUAGCAAAGAGCUUUCAGCAUUGAAGGCAACAGACUUUUCAGCAAACUCGGAAAAAAAGGAAGGGGAUAGCUACAAGAAAACAGGACAGAUUCUUUGUGAUGGCAACCCCAAAGAGAAGACAAAGGAAGCAGCUAUUGUGGAAGAACCAAAAGAAAACAAAAAUAAUCAAGUGAUUACAGGUGCAGAAAAGACAGGUCUGGCUCCUUGGCAAGAUGGGAUCCUGGAGAGGUUGAAAAAAGAAGUUAACAUAGGGGAUUAUAACAUGUACCUGGUGCAUCAUGGGAGAAUGCUCAUCCAUUUUGGUCAGCUUGCUGCUUGCACACCAAGAGAGAAAGACUUUGUGUAUGGGAGCUUGGAGGCUCAUGAAGUGAAGACUGUGUGCACCUUCAGAGUGCCAGUUAGCUAUCGUGGCAAAAGAGCACGACUUGGAGAUGCCUUGGCAUACAAGAUAGCAACGAUGGACAAGUCAGUGGAUACUUCAGAUUUGCAAAUAAGCCUUGAGGAAUUUCCUAAAUCAGAUACAGCCAGAAGUACACUAUUGUGUGCAUUGGAAAAGGAACUGAAAGGUCAUGAGAUCUCGGAAGCAAAGAAUAUUGAUGGACUGUUCAUGGAUUUUGGGACACAGACAUACAGCUUUCAGGUGGAACCCUUCUCCUCUAGAGCUGUUCUAGCAGAUGUUCUGGAUAUAAAAAGCCCCCCAGAACUCCAUGUAGAGCUUCAAACUGAGUGUGUUACUAGAAGACAUAACAAAAGCUGCUCAGCCUUCACAUUCACUUGCAAUCACUUCUUCAGGAGGGAUGAGUUUCCUUCACAUUUCAAGAAUGUUCAUGCUGAUAUCCAGUCCUGUCUAAACGGAUGGUUCCAACAUCGUUGUCCACUUGCCUACUUGGGAUGCACUUUUGUUCAAAACCGCUUCUACCCUGCUAGUCAUAAAGCAAAGAUUAUCUACAGCCAGCAUCUUGAUACAUUUGCUAUUAAACCAGAAGUUGACCCUGUGCCCUCUGAAAUACAGAAAUGCAAUUUUACAACAAGUAAUCAAGGAAAAAAUAAAGAAUCCCUGAGCAGCCUUCCAUUGGAACUUUUACAAUAUAUUGCUGGGUUCUUGGACAGCUUCAGCUUGUCUCAGCUGUCCCAAGUGUCUGUAUUGAUGAGGGAUAUCUGUGCCACUCUACUUCAAGAGAGAGGGAUGGUCCUCCUGCUGUGGGAGAAAAAAAGAUAUUCCCAUGGAGGUACUUCAUGGAGAGCUCGCAAAAAGAUCUGGCAGUUUAGCAGCCUGUUCUCCCCUGUUAACAACUGGCAGUUCAGUGACAUUCCCUCCAUGUCUGAACACCUGAAGAUUUGUCCGUUCUAUGAUGUGGAGCACAAGAAGGAUCCAUUCUUGCUGGCCAGCAUGUGUGGACCCCGAAAGCGGGCUCAAGAUAGCUUGGUCUCAACCUUCAGGCAUGGAUCCUGA